UAGUACUAGUAGUAGUAGUAGUCGUCGUCGUCGUCUUGAAAUAACUAAACAAAGCUGCAAUGCUAUAUACCAGUCAUGUCCAACUGGUCGAUUGCUGGGCAUCCCUGGUUGUGUGAUCCUGAUUGAUCUUCCGAAGAAGAAGAAGAAGAAGAAGAAGAAGAAGAAGAAGAAGAGCUCAACAACUUUGGUGAAUCCAAUGGGUAGAUCACUGUCAGUUUUUUUUUAUAGGGGAUAUGCCUGCUAUAUACAUAUUACCUGGGAGUAAGUCCCCAUUGGGGUUUGCUUCCCAGUGGACAUGUAUAGGAUUGCAGCAUAAGUUUCCUCUAAACAGUUGUGAACCACCCACCAAACAAACAAUUUGGGGAAGAUCUGGAACCAGUAUCAGCACUAUUUGAAUUUGGGCAUGACACAAGGCACAGUAACAAAGAAGUCCAAUUCUAGUUUCCCCCUAAAGCAGCCUUUGUCUGAGGCUGAUGUGAAUUGUGGUGCCAGGCAUCAGAAGGGCACCAGGUUCGCAAAAACUGCCCUAAAAGGAAAUUAUGCUCACUGAGAAAAUAAUGAAAACUAAUAGCACCACACACGCAAGGUCACUUCCUUGUCCUUUGUGUGAAGUAAAUUCAGAAUAACUCCCUUUUCCUGGUUUCAUACUCGCAGUCACUAGUACAGAUUAAAAGCCACACUUUGGCUGAUAACAUUGAUCUGGGGGAGAGAGAGAGAGAUAAAAUCCCACCCUUGGCUCACCCUUGAUUGUGAUCAUGGCAACAGUGCUUUUAUAUGGCAUUCAGCUGGAUUUUAGGAACUUGAAAAUCUGCCAAGUCAAAAAUGAACCAUAAAGGAUUUGACUUUUAAAAAGUAAAAUUUUGGAAGUCAGUAUGCUGUCUAUUUUGCCCUGAUGUGCCCUUCACAGCCAGAAAGAAGAAACUAGCACUGUGAUUCUCUGUGUCUCUAUGCUCUCUGCAAUCUCUCCAAGUACCUCAAUAGCUCCAACACCUCCACCUUACCCCACCCAUAGGUGCUUUUGUCAUCUGCUGUGGGAUACUUAGCCUGAUUGGCUAUUUAGUCAGGUCAGGUGGAUGAAGCACCAGGGUUGGGCGAUCCUUGGGUUGCCUAGCAACAGCAAAUCCUGUUUCCCACCAGCCUUCUCUAUAGCCAGCUCCUGUCCAGUGAGGAAAGAGUUUCUAGGCAAUGGCCUACUUAAAAACCAGCACCAGGAACAAAGUCUAACCUGCCAAUAAAUGGACUUUCUCUGAACAAAGUCCAGAGAUUGACAGCAAAAGGGUGGGGGCAGAGCAACUCCAAAUAUUACCAAGGUUCAACAGAUGCAGCCUUUUAGCUGAUGGUUUCAAGCGUUUACAGGAAGCAGAUGAGAAAAAUAACUUUCAUAGCAGAAGUAAAACAAACACAUACUAAAGUGGUGUCUCAAAUAACAACAACAGGAUAGCAACCCUCAUAAUGCUCUCUUUAUAUGUUUGACCUCUGACAGAAAAUAGCAACAGUUUCCCCAGCUCACAUCAGGAAGUGCGGGAACUUUAAUAAACCUGGAAUAACCUCUUAAAGUGCCAUUGUUCAGACUGUAAAAGGCACUGUACAUUCAAUGAAAGGCAUUGUAUGUUUUUGUGAAUUCCUAUUAAUUCCAGGGCAUUUCAGGUUGGGGGCAGCAAUGGAAGCAUUGAGUGCAGGAACACAAUUUCCCCCCUACCCCAUAAUGCUCCAGAACUGUGUGAUGUCUGGGGAAUUCUGGGGCAAUUAAAUGGUGGUUUCCAGGAGUGGUGGCUCAAACUCUGCUGCUACUGCAACAAAAAAAAUGUUCAUGGGGGAAGGGCCACACAAAUGAAUGUAAUCAUUUAAAUAAAUGAUUAACACAAGUGAAAUUUAAACAAACACACAAUGAAAAGCAAGAGAGUAAUAAGGUUUUAAUAAUGAAGCACAAUCAUGAAAAACAUUUCUUUGUCCAUACCAUUCCUUAGGUGAAAUAUUUUCUAGGGGAAGAACUCAUAAUUGUUUUACAACCUGUUUACAAUUCAAAGUGUUGGUGCUGACCUUUAAAGCCCUAAAUGGCCUCGGUCCAGUAUACCUGAAGGAGUGUCUGUGAUGAGUAACAAGUAACUAAAGAGUUAACUGUGUACUGUAGCACCUGACCACUGAGGAAGAUCAUGUUACAGAAUGUACCAGAAGUGUUUCUGUAUGUUGCAGUUGGUUUCGUUUCUGCCUGGGAGACGGUCGCAAGAUGUCUGCGCUCUCACCAGGUUGUUUGUUAUUUUCUCUCUAGAAUAAACUUAAGUAGUUAUUAGAACACUUUGGACUCUGUGUGUUCUUAAGAGGCUUUUUAUCCAACGGCUAUACAAGCUUUCGCUGUGUGAGAAGAAGAACUCUGCUGUGUGUGUGUUUUACUGCCAGCCCGGUUCUACGUAAGCAGAGAAGCUGAGAGGAAGCGCGCCGGGCGAUAAUCAGAGGCUCCUAAUUGAGUCAUAAACAACUCAACGGAGCCCUAUACCCGUCACAGGUUAUGGGUCAUAGAACCUAAUCAAUCACCAAAGCAAUAAAAGGUGAUUGCAGCUGUAAAAGCCUUGGAGAAAGCCGGUGUAAAGAGCUAGCUGGGAGAAACCUGUUGUUUUGCAGUCGGCAAUCAAUAGAUGCACUCGCUAGCAGAAAGACCCUGUACCAGAAGGCUGGGAUCCGCAGUCUACCCGGAGGAGCAACGUGAGCUAUUCUGAGUGAGUACACAGACACGGAGCCCGGGGGUGGACAAGAUGGCGGAGCAGCUACAGGAGUCAUUUGUCGUGCCGUUCCAGAGGUUGAAUGGCGACAACUAUGCAGAGUGGAGAGAAAGGGCCAGAAUGUGGUUGCUAGGAAAGGAUUUGUGGACUUGUGUGUUAAAUCCUCCAACCCCUGUCGCUGAUAAUUCAGCAGCUGAAGCACAGAGGUUUGCAGCAGAAACCAGGAAAGACAAUAAGGCUCUAUGUGCCAUUGCCAUGAGCUGCGAUACUACGCAACUGCCCUAUGUGCAAAAUGCUGAGAAUGCCAAGCAAGCCUGGGACAGUUUGGCGGAUGAGGAACAGAGACGCCAGAAAGAAUCGGCUGAGAAGGGGGGCCGUGGGCGCAGAGAAGCCAGUGGGGGUGCAGUAAAAAGCACUGAGGAAUCCACUGUGAGUGCGUGCGCAACAAGGCUUUGCUAUCGGUGCCAGCAGCCUGGGCACGUAGCGAGAUUUUGCCCAGCUCCGGAAGCAGCCAAGGUCACUCAGCCAGGUGCCAGGCAACCCAGCGGACGUGGUCAUGGGACCAGCCAGCAGCGCCGAGGCAGAGGACGUGGGAAAACUCCAGAUAAGCCUGUCAGCCGUCUUUCUGCUGCCUUAGCAACGAUUCGAAACAAAGGACAGGACAGUUUCGCUUUUAUUAUCGACUCAGGCAGCAGCCAUCAUCUUGUACCUCCUUCAGGACAGAUCCUGAACUGCAGGCCACUUGAAGAUGAAAAAAGCCUGCAUCUUGCUGAUGGUUCUUCUGGAACAAUUAAAAGCAAGGGUGUUUUUUAUAUGCAAUGCUUAGACACUAACCUUGAUGUUUAUGUUGUACCAGGCAUGGAGAAUGGUCUUUUAAGUGUGUCUUGCUUAUUGCGUGAGGGCUUUGAAAUAAGUUUUGCCAAUGGUAUUUGCAAAAUUGCCAGAGAUGGGGCUGAGCUGGUAAGUGUUACUGUUGGGUCUGAUGGUCUGUUUGUCCUAGAUGGGAGGGGGCAAGCAGGUGGAAGUAACACUGGUGAUGCUCAGGCUAAAAGUGCCAAUACCCCAAAGGGCACAGAGGGCGCUAUCCAUAAGGAUUGUAUUAAUGCUUGGCACAGAAAAUAUUGUCACAUGUCUUUUCCUUAUGUGCAAAAAGCCCCUGAUUUUGUCAAAGGUUGCAGGUUCAAGCCAUGUCAAAAACACCUGCAAUGCCGCGCAUGUGCGAAAGCGAAGACGAAGAGAUGCUCUUAUCCUAGGUCUGAGAGGAAGAGCACAAAACCAUUUCAGUUAGUGCACUUGGAUAUUUCUGGGCCUAUGUCAACGUUAAGUUUAGGUGGUUCAAAAUAUGUUUUGUGUCUUUUGGAUGAUUUCAGCCAUUUUUCCUGGGUCAUAACACUGAAAGAGAAGGGGGAGGCUGCCAGAGUGAUACAGGAGUGGGUAGCCGAGGUAGAACUACAGUUCUCCGUCACUGUCCAGUGUUUUCAGAGUGACAGGGCGGGAGAGUUUUUGAGUGCAGAACUACAAGGGUUUUCCCGAAGCAAGGGAAUUAGGCACAGAAAAACCGCUCCUUUUAGUCCACAGGAGAAUGGUUUAGCUGAAAGGAAAUUUAGAACGCUGUCUGAACUGGUAGAGGCAACGUUGUUUGAUGCAGGACUACCCCAGAAGUUUUGGGGGGAAUGCUAUAAAUUUGUGAAUUAUUGUUCAAACCGCGCUUUUAAUUCAGUUGUGGACAACACACCCUACUACAUGUUGUAUGGCAAAGUUCCGAAGGUGCACUAUUUCAGAACUUUUGGGUGUGAGGCUUGGGUUCUAAUUCCAAAGCAGAAGCGCAGAAAGGGUGGAUCAAGAUCCAGAAAAAUGAUCUUCUGUGGUUACGAACCAAACUCAAAGGCUUGGAGGUUUGUACCAGCAGAGGGGGACCAAACCCGCGUUCACAUUAGCAGGAGUGCUACGUUCUGUGAACAAGAGGGCUGGAGACGCAUUCAUGCUAACCCCGAAGUUCUUCUUGACUGGUCUUCAGGUUUUGACCAGGAAGAGGAAACUCAGGUAGCUGAUGCUGGAGUUCCAGGUGCUGCAGGACCAGAUCCAGGUCAGGCAGCUGGUCCAAGUGGUGUAGCUCCUAGGGAAGUGAAGCAAGAAGUCAGAAGCGCACCGACUUCACCCCAGGUCAAGCCUGGGAAGUACAGCAAACGUGGUAGGUCACCCACUUCACCCAAAGCAAGCCCAGAGGGGGCUGCAAAGCGUAGUAGGUCUCUUGACAGUGCUGCUAGUCCGAGAGAGCCACAGUCAGAGACAAGCAGUUCGGAUUUAGAGGGGGAAGAUGUGGGACCAAGGCGUUCAAAACGCACCACGAAAGGUAAACCACCUGAAAGGUUUACAGCUGUCAGUGUAUGGGCGAACCUAGCAGUGUGUGAGCCUGAAAGCUUUGAAGAGGUGCAACAGUUGUCAGUAGAGGAAGCUAGUAAGUGGAAAGUUGCAAUGGAGAAAGAGUUGAACUCCAUGCAAUCUCUUGGUGUGUAUAGUCUAACACAGUUGCCAGAAGGCAAGAAAGCAGUCAGUUGUAGGUGGGUCUACAGGCUGAAACCCACAGUGACUGGAGAGCCUCAGUACAAGGCUAGAUUAGUGGCUAGAGGUUUUACUCAGAAGAAAGGAAUCCACUACACAGAUGUCUUUAGUCCGACUUCGAGAGCGGAAUCUUUCAGGAUGCUUUUAGCGACUGCAGCGCAGAGAGGCCUAGUGGUCAACCACUUUGAUGUGGACACCGCUUAUUUGAACUCUGACCUCCAGGAGGAGUUGUACAUGUUGCCUCCUCCAGGGUUUGAGAGUGACGUGCCAGGUCAGGUAUGGAAGCUGCACAAGUCGAUCUACGGUCUGAAGCAAUCCGCUAAAAAUUGGAAUUCAUGUCUUGAUUCUGUUUUGAAGAGCCUAGGUUUCAGGAAGAGUCUAGCUGACAGUUGUCUGUAUCUCAGAGACAUUUGCAAAUUCAAGAUAAAUUGUCUGAGAAAGUAUCAGAAGUGUACCAGAGGAACCAUUGGGAGAAGUAACCAUGUGACUGAGAAUUUUUGCUGCUUGUCAAAUGGUCUUUCAAAGCCAGCUGUGAUGGAACCACCAAAUGGAGCUGAUGAGCAGCAGGAACUGCAGAGCAACACAGAACAAUCUCAGAAAGGCUCUGUGAGAAGGACUCCAAAGCAUAGCUGGGUGGCUUGGAGGAGUGGAGGAAUUGCCUAUCUGUUCGCCCUGUCACAGAUAUUGGUUAUCUCCCUUAUGUUUUGGUAUGGUGGCUGUGAAACAAUCCCAGAGUUUCUGGAGGUUUUUGAGAUAUUGUCCGAUUUCCUUACUUCACCUGGACAAUUGGUUACAGAUUCCGAAAAGGAUCCGAAAAGAGAUGGGGGUAUCAUAGUGCCUUGCUUCCUGCUGUUUUUGGUUUCCUUUGGCCUGCUGCUCUUAGGAAUAUUGAUUUGGUAUCUGCUGAAGACACCUCCAGAUCCCCCAUUUCCCCCCCAAGAGGACAGGCGACAGUCUGUAAGCCGCCAGCCUUCAUUCACCUAUUCCGAGUGGACAGAGGACAAAACUGAAGAUGAAUUCCUCGAUCUGGACCCCGUGCCAGAGACACCAGUAUUUGACUGUGUGAUGGAUAUGAAAGUAGACACAGAUCCAGCAACCCUAACGGUUAAAUCUGUGGGACUGCAAGAAAGGAGGGGUUCAAAUGUUUCACUCACAUUGGACAUGUGCACUCCAGGCUGUUCUGAGCAAGGGUUUGGCUAUAUUAUGUCCCCAAAGGAAGAGUCAGCUCGAGAAUACCUCCAGACAGCAUCAAACGUUCUCACUGAGGAGGAGCUGCACCAGAAAGCAUUAGAUUCUUUUGUACUCCAGACAGAGUUUUUUGAAAUUCCGAUGAACUUUGUUGAUCCAAAGGAAUAUGAUAUUCCAGGUUUGGUCCGAAAGAAUCGCUACAAAACAAUUCUCCCAAAUCCUCACAGCAGAGUGUGCCUUACCUCAGACGAUCAAGAUGAUCCCCUGAGCUCUUACAUCAAUGCCAACUACAUCAGGGGCUAUAGAGGAGAAGAAAAGGUGUACAUUGCUACUCAGGGACCCAUAGUUAAUACUGUCAGUGAUUUCUGGAGAAUGGUGUGGCAGGAGCGUUCUCCAAUUAUUGUCAUGAUUACCAAUAUAGAAGAGAUGAAUGAGAAAUGUACAGAAUACUGGCCAGAAGAACAGGUUACCUAUGAAGGAAUUGAAAUUACAGUUAAAAGAGUUAUACAAGCAGACGAUUACCGGUUAAGGCUUAUUACCCUAAAGAAGGGUGAAGAAAUAAGAAAUCUGAAGCACUACUGGUAUACUUCUUGGCCAGAUCAGAAGACUCCUGACCAAGCACCAGCCCUGUUGCAGCUGGUUCAGGAAGUGGAAGAGGCCACACAGUGUGCAGAAGAACAGAAUGCUCCAAUCAUAGUUCACUGCAGUGCAGGGAUUGGUAGGACUGGCUGCUUUAUCGCCACCAGCAUUUGCUGCAAACAGUGGAAAAACGAGGGCGCAGUUGACAUACUCAGAACAACCUGCCAGCUACGGCUAGACAGGGGAGGAAUGAUCCAGACUUGCGAACAGUAUCAGUUUGUCCACCAUGUCAUGAGCUUAUAUGAAAAGCAGUUUUCUCGAGCAGCAGCAGAGGAAUAAAGAUUCAUGAAAAAUUGUUAUGACACAAACCAACAGAACUCUGACCACAAAUUGUAUGUAUUCUAGAGCUGAG